UUUCUAAGAACAAUUCGACGGACUUAAACACCGAAAUAACCGAUAGUUUAUCUUUGCAGAUACCGUACAAUGGGACCGACAUGGCAGUGAUAUGCGUGAUACGCGUCCACUUCCUGAGCAGCUGUGCGGCGAUAACCUCGCCCAUCGACGAAAUGCUUUAUCAACAAACAUACAUUAGCGACCUCUUGCCACUGAGCAAGUUCUGGGGUGUUCAGUCGCACGCGGCGAUCGAGCGCGUCCCGACCUAAGUGAAUAUGGAUCGAGAAGUGUGUGUGAUCGAAUGAUGUUCAGUGAGUUAAGAUGGGUGAUCUGCUGCCGAGUAUACCUAAGAGCACGUUCGCCAGCGACGUAGAGGGGCACAACUGGAGCGUGGUGGGCCUGGACGAGUACAGCACGGACGACGCGCUGGCCGCGGUGGAGCUCUUCAAGGACUACCCUGAGGGCCUGCUGCGCUUCGCUUCGGUUUGCUGCGUGCUGUUCAUGCUGGUGGGCAUCCCGGGAAACCUGAUCACUAUCAUCGCGCUGGCUCGCUGCAAAAAGGUCCGCAACGCAACCGCUGUGUUUAUAAUGAACCUGUCCUGCUCGGAUCUGCUGUUCUGCUGCUUCAACCUGCCGCUGGCCGCGUCCACCUUCUGGCGAAGAUCCUGGGCGCACGGCAGGAUCCUCUGCCGCAUGUUCCCGCUUGCAAGAUACGCGCUCGUGGCCGUCUCGCUGUUCACCGUUCUGGCCAUCACCAUCAACAGAUAUGUGAUGAUAUCGCAUCCUAGGCUUUAUCCAAAGUUAUAUAAACGACGAUACUUGGCUGUUAUGGUAGCUAGCACAUGGAUAUUUUCGUUCGGAGCACUAAUUGCGACAUGGCUUGAAAAAUGGGGUCGAUUUGGUUUGGACCCAACGAUUGGCUCAUGCUCCAUACUACCAGACAAGAACAAUAGAUCUCCAAAAGAAUUCCUCUUCGUUGGAGCAUUUAUGCUACCUUGCUUAGCGAUUGUGGUAUGCUAUGCUAGAAUAUUCUGUAUAGUUAGAGAAGCAGCAAGGAAAUCUCGGGCCCCUGCAAAAAGCCGACCACGGCUAGAAGAUUCAGCUGUUGGAUCAGCUUCGACUGCUCUUGAAAGAUCUCCAGGUCCCGAGAAUGGAAUCAAUCACGUCGCUCCACCACGCAGGGCGCUACUUGCUCCUCCUGCUUUACAUUGCCCUCCAACACCAGGCCCGGAAAGGUCAUCUUCGUCUGGCGUAGAUACUCUAGAUGGCCAUGAUGACGAAUGUGCACUUGAUGCAAAGCCACGGACACCAAGUGGCGGUGAAACUGCAAAAAGACUACGUCAAGCAGCAGUUGCUCUACGGCGAUCGCCCGCUUCAGUGCGACCGCCCCGACUGACACCAAAAGACAGAAAGCUUUUGAAGAUGAUAAUGGCCAUCAUGCUUUCUUUCUGGGUCUGCUACCUACCUAUAACUUUGACGAAAAUAUUUAGGGAGUUCACGUCGCACCCCGCUGCGAACAUAGCGGGGUACAUUUUGAUAUACUUGACGACGUGCAUCAACCCGAUCAUUUACGUGGUGAUGUCGAGCGAGUACCGGCAGGCGUACAAGAACUUGUUGAUGUGUCGGCGGUGGGCGUGACGUUCGUCUGGCGACGGCGUCUCCGAGAAGCGCCCGCCGUGACUAGUCGUGAACGAUGGCGCUUCCUGAGCCAUCGGUGCAAUCAGACACUACAGGUUGCACGC